UUCCCAUGCAACAGUUUUAUCAACCACACUAAAUCGGAGAGAUCCGUCGGCCCAUGUCUGCAGUUUCGCACCUAAGAAGGUGCACGAGCCAUCUGCCGCAGUGGUCUCCUUCCAUUCAAGACCAUAAUGGGCUGAUGAUGGUGGCAGACAAUCAAAGAGGAGAGCGUGGCAGUGGGGAGGGUGGAAGAGGGGAGCGUGACGCAAGGGAGGGCGGUGGCGGGGAGUGUGAUGGAGGGGAGGGCGGCGGAGGGGCAGAGGAGGAUAUCUCGGUGGAGGGGUGGACAGAGCUGGGGAGCAGGAGGGCAGCAAAGAGGGGUGGCGGAGGGGAGGAGGACGGGAGCAUAGCGGAGAGGCACUGGAGGACGGGCAGAGGAGGAGGCAGAGGGGAAGAUGACGGAGGUGAGGAAGAGGGCGGCGGAGGGGAGGAAGAGGGGGGCAGCUGGAAGGAAGAGGGAGGCGAAGGAAGAGGAAAAAAAAAAAAAAAAAAAAAAGAGGGUGGCGAAGGGGAGAAAGAAGGGGAGGAGCAGCGGAGGGCCGGAGAGGCAGGGGAGGGGCUGUGGAUGGCCGGAGGAGGGGAUCGUGGUGGAGAAAAGCGCGGCGGAGUGACGGGCGGAGGGAAGCACGUGGACAGCGGAUGGGAGCAUGGCGGAGGGGGAUGCAGCAGAGGGGAGUUGGGCACAGGAGGGGGCGAAGGAGGAGGCAGCGGUCAAGGCCGAGGGGAGAACGUCGGAGGCAAGGAAGAGGCCGGUGGAGACGAGGAAGAAAGGGGCGGAGGAAAGGAAGAGGGUGGCAGAGGGAGGAAGAUGGCGGUGGAGGGGAGAGUGGUGGAAGCGAUCAAGGCGGAGGUGCGGAGCAAGAGGGCAGCAGAGGGGACUGGCGGAAGGUUGCAUGGCGCGAAGGAGGUGGCAAAAGGGUGGGCGGAGGAUGGGUGGGCGGCGAAGGACAUGUGGAAGAGGAGGCGGAGGAGGAGAGGACGUCACAGGGGAGGAAGAGGGCGAUGGACGGCUGGAGGAGGGGAGAGCGGUGGAGGGGUGGAGGAGGGGCGGAGGGGAGCAUGGCAGAGGGGAGGGCGGUACAGGAGAGGGUGGCAAAGGGGAGGGCGCAGAGGGGAGGGUGCGGUUGAGGGAAGGGCUGGCGGAAGGGAGGGCAGUGAGGGGAGCGCGGCAGUGGAGGAUGGCGGAGGGGCAGAGGAGGGGAUAGUAGAGGAGGGAGGGGCUGGGCGGGGCAAGAGGGCAGCGGAGGGGAGCACAGUGAAGAGGUGGAGGAAAGGAGCGCAGCAGAGGGGAGCACAGCGCAGAGGCCGGGCGGGUGAAGGAGGAGGCGGAGGCGGCGAACGGGCAGGGAGCAGAUUGACAGACGGCCGUGGACAGGCGGAGGAGGGCACGGCGGGAGGGCUCGGCGGAGUAGAGGAAUUGAGCAGUGACGGCAAGGAAGAGGUGAAGGGGGGAGGGGAGGAAGAGGUCAGCGGAGGGGAGGAAGAGGGUGCUGGUGGCGAGUGCAGAGUGGAGGGGAGGAAGAGGGUUGCAGAGGGGAGGAAGAGGGCAGCGGAGGCAAGCGCAGCAGAGGAGGGGAGCUGCGAAGCGGUAGCGGAGGGGAGGCAGAGGGGAGCAUGGCGGUGGAGGGGAUAGCGGCGGAGGCGAGCGCGGCGGAGGGCAGCAGAAGGGAGCGAGGCGGAGGGGCGGAAGAGGAGUCUAGUGGAGGGGAGCGUGGCGCAGGGGCGGGUGGAGGAGGAGGUGGAGGGGCGGGGGACAGAUUGGUCGAUGGUGCACUAGCGGGUGGCGGAGGACAGGCUGUGGAGGAGGAACGGAGGGGAGGACGCCGGAGGUGAGGAAGAGGGCAGCAGAGGGGAGGAAGACGGCAGAGGAGGGGAGGAAAAGGGCAGCGGAGGGGAGGAAGAGGGCGGCGAAGGGGACGAAGAGGCAAGGUGGGGGGAGGAGGAGGAGAGGGGGAUGGGGGGAAGGGGGGAAGGGGGGAAGGGGGGAAGCGCUGUAACUGACCUGUGACCCCCAACUUGUACCGGCUUCGAGGCGUCCACAGCAGCUUAGGAUUCCAUGAAACUUUCAGCAGCAUUACCCAAGGCUGCCAACAGUCUCACAACAAAAGCUAAAUCCUCUG